AUGCUCGUGGAAAACUUCUUGCGAUCAAAGGAGUAUUGGGGUCUGGUGGAGAAUAGGAUCCCUGCAACAGCAGGAGAAGCAGAUCUCACAGAAGGACAGAGGAAAACCGUUAAAGAUCAAAAGCUGAAGGAUCUGAAAGCCAAGAACUAUCUGUUUCAAGCAAUUGACCGUUCAAUCUUAGAGACAAUUAUGAACAAAGACACAUAA